AAGGACAAGUGAUGAAUAAAGUUUCUCUCGAGUAUAUAUAUAUAUAUAAGGCUCAUUCACUCGAUUCAAAUCUUUCAUUUCUCGGUUUUAUUUUCAACUUUGUGUGUUUAUUUGUUUCGUCAUUCUUUUGAAAAUCGUCAUGAAAAUUAAUCUGAUUAUUGAGAUCAUUUUUAUGUUUUAUAAUCUUCUCCUAGUUUAUGGACAAGCAACAGAUUCAAUAAGAAUUGAAAAAAUAGCUGGACCAAAUUAUUUGUCAGAAGGACCUCAUUGGGAUGUGAUAAAUAAAGUUUUAUAUUUUGUUGAUAUCCCCCGUCAACGAGUAUAUUGUUUUAAUCCUGAAACAAAUAAAACUACAAGCACUUACAUAAAAAAUGGACCAGUUGGUGUUGUUGUUCCUGUAGCUGAAAAGAAAAACUCAUUCAUCGCAGGAAGUGGUACUGAUCUAGUUCAAGUGACCUGGGAUCCAAAAACAGAUAAUGAAAACCCUGAUAUUAAGGUGUUAACAAAAGUUGAUGUGAAUAAAAAUGUCACAAGAUUUAAUGAUGGGAAAGUCGAUCCCAUGGGAAGAUUUUGGGCUGGAACCAUGGGUCAAGCUGGUGGAGUACUCUAUCCAAACGAAGGUACUCUUUACAAGUUUGAAGCUCAUUACACUCCAGUGGCAAUCCUCAAUGAAACAUCUAUCAGUAAUGGUCUAACUUGGAGUCAUGAUAAUAAAACAUUUUACUGGAUCGACACACCUACUGACAAUAUUUAUCGCUUUGACUACAACAUGGAGUCAGGAAAUAUCACAAAGAAACGAGUUAUUUUCAAUUUAUCAGAAAAUAGUGUUCCGGGUCAUCCUGAUGGAAUGACCAUUGACAAAAAUGGAAAUCUCUGGGUUGCUUGCUACAAUGGCAAACGAGUCAUUCAGAUUGAUCCGAAUACUGGUAAGCUUUUGCGACAAAUAGAAAUGCCAGUUGAUCAAAUAACCAGUCUUGCUUUUGGUGGAACUAAUCUUGACAUCCUUUAUGUCACCUCAGGCAGAGAAAAUUUAAAUGAGCAACAAAUUGCAAAACAACCAAUGGCUGGAUCUGUUUUUGCUAUUUAUAAUAUUGGGGCUGUUGGUAUUCCUAUGCUUGACUGUAGAUAUGUUUUUUAAAUCAAAAAAUAAAUGUUCUUUAUCCAUAUAUUUGAAUAUUUGGUAUAUUAAAAUUAUAUUUAAAUAGAUUUCAUAAAAAUAAAAAAUAAAUGUAGCAAGUUGAGUAAACAAAUUUUUAUUAACGUUAUCAAUAUAUUCUAAAAAUAAAAAUCGAUUAAACGAGUA